AUGAAAUUUCAAAGACGUAUUCUCCCUCCUCAUUCACCAACCUAUCUCGAAAUGGAAGAGUAUAUAUCUCCAUCAAUAUCUCAACAAUCAAUUUCAAUAACUGGAUCAGCUAGUGAUAUCAGUGAAAUUGACAGUGUUUGUAGUUUAUCAACAAAUAUUCGACAAAAAUCUGAUUCAUUAACAAAUCUUUUUAAUAUGUCCGAAGAUAAUUCAUCAGUAUCAAAUUUAAGUAUUGCGUCAUACUCUUUAUCUCAAAAUUCUUAUGAUAAUGGUUCGCCAACAACAUUUACAACAUUAUCAUCUCAACAAACAUUUAUAAAUAAUGGUUCUGAAAAAACUCGUUCACGUCGUAGUGCUUGUUCAUCAACAAGUAGUCAAAAAAGUUUUCCGAUUAAAACUGCUGAAACUGUAUUAAAUACUAUUGGUAUGCAUACAUCAUCAUCAGACAAGUGUGGUCUGAUUGCAAAUGAUGGAAAUAAUAUUGAGAAUAUUAAUGGUAAUCAAAAUCAACAUCAUGAUGAAGAAAAUUGUGAUAGUUCAGAUGAAAAUGACACUGAUAUGAUGACAUCACAAAAUAAUCGUGGUUUAAAAAAAUCUGUUUUUAGUAACGUUGAUCGUUUAUUAAAUUCGGCAAAUAAACAAAUCAAACUUUAA